CGUUAGGUCGUGUGUUGUAUAACUCUUCCACUGGGUUGUUCGGCUGUUUGUUCUCUGCUUGUCUGGCUACCACUGCCCGGAAGGCUUUCGGCACAGGCCAGGUGGCAAUGAUCUGCUGCAUGGUGGUGUCCGGUUUUGUCUUCACCUAUGUAGACAUCCACGUGUCUAUAAAAAGGCUUUCUGUUUCUCUGAGUACUAUCCUCUACUUAACCUUUGCAAUGACCCCCAACACUACCAACUUCUUCGCUUUCCGUCUUGUAUCGACCACCCUCGUGGGGGCCAUUUGUGCCCUCUUGGCUGUGCUUAUCCCUUGGCCUCUUCGCGCUCUCGAAGAGGUCCAAGAGAGAGCUGCCAUCAUCAGUCGCUGCACAUCUGCCAUGUUCAUCACUCUCCUCGACGCCUUUCAGGCUGACGAUCCCCGUGGCAUCGUCUUUGCUCGCAGCCACGUUGAGAUGUUGAUUAAGAUGAUUCAGGAGGAUCUUGCCCCUCUCAAGGAGAGGCAGCUAGAUCUCGCCUGGGAACUAGGCCAGUUAGGUAUCCUUUCCACGCUUGAGAAGUUCGUGAUUGUUCUCGAAGCAGCCAUUAAACACUGCCAAGGGAUGGACAUGGCUCUGGUCUCUGGGAGCAUGGUAGAUUGCCCCAGGGCGUUCCGCGAGGUGCUGCAGGAGCCGUUGAUUGUCCUGGGCCAAUGCGGGGGCUUGGCGCUGAACUUCGCAGUGGAAUGUCUGCAGAAGAAGAAGUCCAAUGCCCAGCUGAUGGCCAAGUCGCUAAGAAUACUGCAAGAUGGAAGGCUGGCUCUGGAGAAUUUCAGCAGCUCGCUGAAACAAGCAAGGGAGCUGAGCUACGAGGACCCCUCGAAGAUGGAUUUGUACGGCUGUAACGAUGGCAAUCAAAGCAGUCGAGCAUACGUAGGGGUGGAGGAAAGGAGGAGAAUAAUUGAGGAGUCUAUCGAACUGCAACUGCAUAAUAGGGGGGGGACGAGUAUGAGAGAAAUGAGAGUGGUAGGAGGAGGAGGGGAUGACGGAGGAGGAGGGAUGCAUUCGGGCACACCAGCAACGAAGAGCAUGAUGGAUGCACAUUUCUUCUUGUUCAAUGUGCAACUGUUCAUUUCCGAAGUACUGAAGCUGCUCGAAUUCGACACCCAAAGUCGAUCCAACAGCCUGAUCGGGCUAAUCCUCAGAAGCCAAGGUCCGGCUUGUCCAUCAGGGAUGAUCCUCCUUGCUGAUGCCGGAGAUAGAGUACGAGAGCGUGACCGAUCAGCUUCCCGUAUUCAUCAGCAACCCCUACAUGAGCAGAUAGAGGAACGACAAAGGGCACAGCAGCAGCUAGAAAAGCAAGUCCCUGGCGAAAGAGGAGGGGGAGGAGGGGGAGGAGGGGGAGGAGGGGGAGGUGGAGGGGGAGGUGGAGGGCGAGAAGAGGAGAAGAAAAGGCCAGUCGUUCCUCCCAUCGAUCUCUCCUUUAAGACUCGGUUGUCAUUACAAAGCAUGAGAACGCAGCUCCCCCCAACUCCUCCUCGUCGUCAUUCCAUUCGCCCGCAGCAAUUAAGCCGGCAGCCUAGCCUGCGUGCCUCGGUCGCUGAGCGCUCAGCGGCAGCAAUCCCACCAGCCGGACGAACAGGAGUAGGAGUGGCGCCAGUCAUAGGAGCAGGAGGAGAAGGAGCUGUCCCUGUCCUCGUGGACGUUACGGAAGAAGGAGCAGGAAGAGGAGGAGGGAGAGGAGGAGUGGCAGGUGGAGGGGGGCCAGCAUCAACGUCAUCAUCAUCAUCGUCAUCAUCAUCAUCAUCAUCAUCAUCAUCAUCAUCAGCAGCAGCAGCAGCAGCAGCAUCAGCGUCAGCAUCAGCAUCAGCAUCAGCAUCAGCAUCAGCAUCAGCAUCAGCAUCAGCAUCAGCAUCAGGAGCAGGAGGAGGAGGAGGAGGAGGAGGAGAGGUUCCCGUUAUUAUGGAUGUAGGGGAACGAAGAGAAGGAGAGAGAGGAAGUCUUAGAGGAGGAGAGGGGUUGCAGGUCGUCGGGGGCACAUCAGUAUUGGAAAAGGAGACUAGCAGUUUGAUCACACAAAGGUUUUCGUACACCAAGGCCUGUCCUCACUGUCGAGAUACGGACGCAGACAAGGACCAGUCCUCCCCACCGUCGGAACUGGUCAGCAAGGCUGCUCAGUUGAUUCUUGCCCACCCGUCCGAUCGUCGCAGCUGGCACGCAGCUUGGGUUGCCACAAAGGCUGUUCUAGUAGCGGGGGUAUCCAGCCUACGGCCGGAGUCAAUCAGCGUCCCUAGAGCCAAGACUGCGUGCAAGAUUUGCCUGGCUAUACUUCUUGCGACGGUCGUGGGGGCACGGGUCACCCGGUCUAACUUCUGGGCCCCCAUGACGGUCAGCAUCAUGAUCUCCAAUGGGCAGGGGGGGUCUUUCAGAGUGUCUAUCUUGCAAUUGCAGGGCACUGUUGUGGGGGCAAUCUUUGGGUACCUGGUCAUCGUCUUUUCUAAAGGGCACCCGGUAUUUGUCCUCAUGGCCAUUAUCGUCUGGGUGGCUUGUUGUGCGUUUGUGAGGGACAGUCAGGCCUUCGGGUAUCCUGCGAAAGUUGGGGGUUCAACGGCCGCCAUUGUGGUUCUGGGCUACAAGGCCUCCAAGCUGUCCAUACAGGAAUACGCUAUGGAGAGGAUAACUCAAACGUGUAUUGGGAUCUGUUGCUAUUUCGCAGUGGAGUCUGCUCUCUGGCCCACGAGAGCGUCGAAACUGGCACGUGUAGCCCUGGUAAACACGCUGGCUGAAUGCCAGACUACGUUCUCUGCAAUCUUGGCCUUCUAUGUGGCACAGGAGGAGUGCGGGAGGUGCAAGACGAGGGCCACGGAAGAAGUGAAGGCUAUGGAGACGAAGAUACAGGAGAAUGUACUUGAACAGGACAACCUGAAGGAAGAGGCCAAGGCAGAGCCAGGCCUAUGGAAGACCCCUUUUCCAUAUGCACCAUUCUGCCGUCUAGUGGAGAUUCAGACGCGGAUGGUUCUUCUCAUCUACUUCAUGGAUUGUGCGCUCCGAGCUACUAACACAGAAGGCAUAAGCUUUCAAGCUGAGAGCCUGGUGAGACCUUUAAAGCAGCCGCUCAAGGCGUUGCAGGACGAGUUCAUUUCCACUCUAAGGAUGGUCCUAGAGAUACUUGACCCGUCGAGGGUGAAUGCUCAGGCAGACGAGCCAUCUGUGGGGGCAAGAGGAUUCGGGGAAGGAGGGGAAGGAGGGGAAGGAGGUGGAGGAGAAAGGAAAGGGGAAGACAUUAGAUCGGGGCAGAUUGAGGAAGAGGCAGGUGCGGACAGUGAUCAGGAGUCAUUAAGUGGAGGGGACGGAAAGGUAAAGGGGAUAGAGGAGGAACAUGAAGGGAAGGAGGAAGAUGAAGAGCAGGAGUUGAAGAAUGAGGAAGACGAGGGACAGAUGAGAUUGAUUGGAGACAAGGGCAGGGGAAGAAAUAGAAACAAUAGCAAAAUGGGGUAUUUAUUCCAGAGGUUGCAUGGCAGUGCUCUGAGGUACAGGUUUAUGAAAAGGGGUCAGCGGAAGAUAACGCGCUUCAUGAAGAGACUGUAUGGGCUCUGGUUUGGUUCUCCGCUGUCUUUGAUGAAACCUCUAGCUCCUCUGAAAAGCUUCAGCUACCAGGUUCUAUCGGAUUCCUCUGGGAAAAGGGAUGCUGGGGACAGUCCAAGUCCUGCAAGUCUCAGCAGUUACAUGACCCUUGGAACCAAGGCGAGAAUGAUAGAGAUGGGACAGUGGAAAGCAUCACACAUGCCUAGCUCACCUAUGUUUUCAGAAGCAGCGGGGGCAAGUGGAAGUAAUCGUGCUCCCCAACAUGGAGGAGGAUUAGGAGGACGUGAGGGAGGCUCGGGGCAAGGAGGAGGAGGAGGAGGAGGAGGGGGAGCAGGGGGAUCGGGAGAUUGCUGUGUUGAGCAGGAAGACGCCUGCGAUAUAGGCCUAAGUCCCUUGGAAGCGUUCGACAGGCGUUACGAGGAAGUGAUCAUAAAGCUCAUUGUGGCGAAAAAGGAGCACCCUUCCUUAGAAAUCAUAGACAACACAGCAGCUCUAACUUUCAACGCGUUGGUUUUCAGCAUGCGUGCCUUGAUUUCUGAGACCUACGAGCUUGAGACGACCAUCCGAGAGAUGUUGCAGAUGGAACAACCGUUGGACCUGACAGAGAUGUCACUCGCCUACUCCGCCUCCUGUCAUGACUACAUGAAGAAAUCGGGCGCGUUCUCUUCUAUAGAGGUGGUCUCGCCCCCACCAGUCCCGAGGAGCUCCUCUUUGUUGAGCUUUCUCCCUACCUCUCUUCUACCCAUCUCUACAGUUAUUGAACAGCCUGCAGCAGUUUCAGCUCCUGCAGCUCCUGUGGUGGCAGCAGCGCUGACUGCUCCCAUGGGACCUCAGACUGCCGAUGUCCUUCGUGAACCUGAUUCAGCAAGAGGCCACCUGCAUAAGACGGGAGUUCCAAUGCCUCCAAAGGCGCUGACUGUUGAAAUACCAGCUCCCAUGAUCCCAUCCUCAGUGGCCAUGGGUGAUGAUCAUGACGAUUCCAACAAGACAGACGGAGGUUCCACACCUCAAACAGUGCAAGGAGAAUUGGCCGCUGGUGAGAGAGAGGAGAUCAUGUCAACUGCUGCCCAAGGUGCCUCGGAAGGAGGCGUCAUUCCUCAGUCUCGCAGGAACUCCGUGCUGCAGGUUGCUGGCCUCGAAGACCUAAAGGAUUUCCCAGUGAUACGCCCACCUUCUAGGCAAUCUAGUGUAACCUCAUCGAGGCGAUCCUCACGCCGUGGCUCUCGAAUACAAACACCCAGAAUGAGCCUGGCUACCUCCAGGAGAGUAUCUGUUGCAACCAAUCUCCACACUCCCACACGACAAAAUCAGUCGCAAUUUCACUCCUGAUGCAUGGUCACUAACUGUCUCUUCCUGCUCCCCCUCCUGCCAAGGAGUUGUAAUUCCCACCGCAGUUGAUGAAGCCUUGCUGGAUUUGACGCUUUUGUCU